AUGGAAGAUCAAAAGAGCAAGAACUCGCCAUGGUUAUCAGUACCAACAUUUGGAGAUUGGGAUCAGAAAGGAGGACCAAUCCCUGAUUACUCGAUGGAUUUCACAAAGAUCAGAGAGAUGAGGAAACUGAACAAGAGAGAUCCUUCUCGUGCCAGUCUUGGCAACGAAGAAGACCUCAUUAACCCUUUUCAUAAUCAACCUCCUACUUCAGUCGAUAAGCCUAAGCUCACGACCGUUCACAGUGACACCAACAACAACCAUAAUGUCUUCUCUCACCAACGCCCACAUUCUCCAUCUACGAGGAGAGGAAUCUUCAGCUGCUUCAACUGCUGCGUUAAAGCUUAA